AUGAGUGGAUUCGCUACCACUUGUCUGUCGUGCCUGUCGGCCGUCGACCGAUGGUGUCAUAUUACCGCCUGUCUCGGGGCUGGUCGUUCCCGAGAAGACAUCUAUGAAACAACCUUAGCAGAUAAUGAACGAGAAGCUGUCUCCGAUCUUUUAGGCUACUUGGAAAAUCGCGCCGAAACCGAUUUCUUCUCAGGAGAGCCGCUGCGAGCUUUAAGCACUCUCGUAUAUUCCGACAACAUUGAUCUUCAGCGAAGCGCAAGUUUAACCUUCGCCGAAAUCACCGAACGAGAUGUUCGAGAGGUAGAUCGCGAUACUUUGGAUCCCAUUCUAUUCUUGCUGCAAAGCUCCGAUCUAGAGGUCCAGCGAGCUGCCAGUGCAGCGCUGGGAAACCUUGCCGUCAAUGGUGAGAACAAGGUCUUGAUCGUCGCCCUUGGGGGGCUGGCCCCUCUGAUCCGCCAAAUGAUGUCGCCAAACGUCGAGGUCCAGUGCAAUGCCGUCGGUUGUAUCACAAAUCUGGCCACCCACGAGGAGAACAAGGCCAAGAUCGCUCGAUCCGGUGCCCUGGGUCCUCUCAUCCGACUGGCCAAGUCCAAGGAUAUGCGCGUUCAACGGAACGCCACUGGAGCUCUGCUCAAUAUGACCCAUUCCGACGAUAACCGACAACAACUCGUCAACGCCGGCGCCAUUCCUGUUCUCGUUCACCUCCUCUCCUCUCCCGAUGUUGACGUCCAAUACUACUGUACAACCGCACUUAGCAACAUUGCUGUCGACUCGACCAAUCGCAAGCGACUAGCCCAAACCGAGUCCCGUCUGGUCCAAUCAUUGGUCCAUUUGAUGGACUCAUCCACCCCCAAGGUUCAAUGCCAAGCCGCUCUCGCUCUACGCAAUCUGGCUUCCGAUGAGAAAUAUCAGCUGGAGAUUGUUCGGGCCAAGGGACUCGCCCCCCUCCUUCGACUGCUUCAAUCAUCCUAUCUCCCGUUGAUUCUCUCGGCCGUUGCUUGUAUCCGCAACAUCUCUAUCCACCCGCUCAACGAGUCCCCGAUCAUCGAAGCUGGUUUCCUGAAGCCCUUGGUGGACUUGCUCGGGACUACUGACAAUGAGGAGAUUCAGUGCCAUGCCAUCUCCACCCUGCGUAACCUUGCUGCUAGCUCUGAUCGCAACAAGGAGCUUGUCCUGCAGGCUGGUGCCGUGCAGAAAUGCAAAGACUUGGUCCUCCGCGUUCCCCUGACCGUCCAAUCCGAAAUGACCGCUGCAAUCGCUGUGCUGGCCCUCAGCGAUGACCUCAAAAUUCACCUCCUCAACUUGGGCGUCUUUGAUGUCUUGAUCCCAUUGACCAACUCUGAGAGUGUCGAGGUGCAAGGAAACAGUGCAGCUGCUUUGGGCAAUCUUUCUUCUAAAGUGGGUGAUUAUUCAAUCUUCGUUCGUAACUGGACAGACCCGCACGGCGGUAUCCACGGUUAUCUCCAGCGAUUCCUAGCAAGCGGAGAUCCAACUUUCCAGCAUAUCGCUAUUUGGACUCUUCUUCAGUUGCUGGAAUCCGAAGAUAAGAAGCUCAUCGGGUACAUUUCCAAGUCAGAGGACAUUGUACAAAUGGUAAAGUCAAUCUCUGACAAGAACAUCGAAUCUGAUGAAGAAGAUAUGGAUGAUGGCGAGGGAGAAGUGAUUGCACUUGCACGACGAUGCUUGGAGUUGUUGGGUGCUGGUCCCAAGCAGACUUUGGUUGAAGCAUAG